CAGCUGGCACAAGGGCCUCAGGGAGCUCCAGAUGGGGGUAUGGCCGCGUGGCUGACUGUUCUGGGUGGCUUCUGCGCUAUGUUCGUCAGCUUCGGCUGGGUCAACUGCAUGGGCAUUUUCAUCGAUUAUUACAAGACACACCAGCUGAAGGACGAGUCCACAAGCACUGUGACAUGGGUCACGUCUCUGAUGACUUUCAUGAUGUUUUUCGGGGGCCCCUUCGUCGGGAUCCUCUUCGACAACUUCGGACCCCGCUACAUCGUUCUAGCGGGCACCUUCUUCCACGUCUUCGGCCUCAUGAUGAUCUCCAUCUCUUCGGAGUACUACCAGUUCCUCCUGGCGCAGGGCCUCUGCAGCCCAAUUGGCACCAGCGCCCUCUUCCACUGCAGCAUCAACUCGAUCAGCACCUGGUUCGGGCGCCGCCGCGCGCUCGCGCUCGGCAUCGCCACCAGCGGCGCCAGCCUGGGGGGCGUGAUCCUCCCGAUCAUGCUGACCCGGCUCUUCGACCAGCUCGACUUCGGCUGGGCGGUGCGCAUCUGCGCGUUCCUGAUCCUGUUCUGCCUGGUCAUCGCCAACUGCACGCUGAAAUCGCGGCUCCAGCACCGCCGCAAGCCGUUCCACUUCCGCGACUUCGCGCGGCCCCUCCGCGAGGUCCCCUUCCUGCUCACCACCGCCGGCACCUUCUGCUUCUUCUGGGGCAUGUUCCUCCCCUUCAGCUUCAUCCCCAGCCAGGCGCAGAAGAACGGCAUGUCGGCCUCGCUAGCAUCGUACCUGAUUCCCAUCAUGAAUGCCGCUAGCACCCCAGGCCGCAUCAUCCCGCCCUACCUCGCCGACCUCUUCGGCCGCUUCAACCUGAUGAUCCUCAUGACCUUUCUGUCGGUGAUCCUCGUGCUGGGCGUCUGGCUCCCCACGCACGGCAACGUCCCCUCCAUCCUCUUCAGCGCCUUCUACGGCUUCAGCUCGGGCACCGCCGUCUCCCUGGCCCCGGCCCUCGUCGCCCAGAUCUCCGAGAUCCGCGAGAUCGGCGUCCGCAGCGGCACGUAUUUCUUCCUGGUUAGCUUCGCCGCCCUCACCGGCACGCCUAUCGCGGGCGCCCUGCUCCCGGACCCCCUGCGCGGGUCGUAUCUCAAGCUGAAUGUCUUCUGUGCGGUGGUGAUGUUCUCCGGGGUGGUGUUUUAUUGUCUCGCGAAGUUGUGGAUUAGUGAGGGGAGGGUCGUCAAGAAGGUUUGAUUAUCAUUCUCCCGGGGUGGGGGGAAGGAUGAAUGACGGGGUAAUUCAGAAGGGAGAGGGAAAAGGGAAUUUAUAGACGGUACGGGAUCAAAAUGUUGUGUCCAAUCAUCAUAUUGCUAGCUAGUAUAUGUGUGUUUAAGAGUGGGCGUAUCUCCU